GUGAUUUUGUUUUUAUUUUUAUGUUGCUUUCAGAUGUGAAAAACAUGUUAUUCAGAAGAUUUUUACGACCCAGCCAACUGAAUCAACUGCGAAGUUAUUGUGAAAAAAUCAAGGAUUCCUCCAGGGAUUCAGACAAACAGAAAUGCCAAGAACCAAUACUCAACUUUACUGAGACAUUUAGUCGACUAGGAGACGAUGGAACUUCCAGAACAAUAAAUGGAGACCUUUUGCCAAAGGAUAAUGAAGUUUUUCAUGCCAUUGGAGCAACAGAAGAGUUGCUCAGUUCUAUUGGUUUAGCAAGAGAACAUGCACAUGAAUCAGAGCAACAAUAUACUGACAAACUCAAGAGAAUUCAGACAAUAAUCAUUGAUAUAAGUACAGCAAUUUCUCGCUCAACUUCUGUUUCAAACAAAUCAACCAUACCUGCUAUAUACACCAAAGAAUUAGAAGACUGGAUUCAUGAAUAUUCUAAACAGUUGCCUCCACCUGAACAAUAUAUCAUUCCAGGUGGUGGUGUAGCUAGUGCUUCACUUCAUGUAGCAAGGGCAAUAUGCAGAAGAACAGAGAGAGUCAUCGUGACUUUGGUUAGACAGGGCAAUUUGGAUAAGGAAGCACAAAUUUACCUGAACAGAUUAUCAGAUUUCUUGUUCACUGUAUCUCGAAUAGCUGCUAAGCAAGAUCAACGUGCAGAAAGCAUUUAUAUUCCAAAACCAGAUCAGAAAAUACAAGCCCAGUAA